UUCUCAUUAUGAAUGUAUGCUGUAAAUGUAUCAACAAAGUAAAUUGUACUUGAAUUUUGCACAAUAAAAAAGCAAACAAAACCAAAACCACUGCAUACAUGUUUGCCACAACAUCCAAAAGUUAUGUUGAUUAUUAUGCACAAGAGAUUAUUCCACUGAUAAUCUUUUUAAUAAUCUUUUACUUUAUCAGAACUUGUGUCUUAUGGACAAUACGGGUGACAGAACAAGGCAACUGCACUAUUAUUGUAAUGUAUAAAAUAAUAGCACUUAGAUGUCACUAUUACAUACUGAAUAAGUUAAGAUAUAAAUUAUCAAAAAUUAAUGACUAUAUCUAUAACACUAACACUGUAUCUAACUAUAUUAAACAAUGCAGAUUAGCAAAAUAUCAGAAAAAAACACAAGACAGGGACAGUACAAAGAAAGAUUAAAUAUAUAAUAAUAAAAAUAAUAUUGGUUAGGCAUGCAAAAAGACUUUCCAUAUAAACUGAAAAAAAAGAUUUAUGCAUAUGAUAUUUUCACAAGGUUUGAAAUGAUUCUUUAUUUAUGCAUAUGACAUUUUCCCAGCAGACAAAAUGGAUCAUAUAGCUCUCUAUAGCCACUCUAAGAUAUAAAAAGUAGUAUUCUGAAGUAAUGUGAAAAGAUACAUUUAUUUUCUAAAGCACAACUACUGUCGCCCCACCGUGGUCACUCCCGGCAGCAGCAGGUAAAGGCGUGGCCAAUCACUUUUGUGGCAGUUACCUGAGAACAACAAGAUUAAAGGACGCUGCUGUAAGUACAGGAAAACACAUUGCGAUGAUUUCUUUACUUUAUCAUUUCCAACACAUUUUAAUUAAAAUGUCUUUGUAUUUAUUACAGGGCGGCGUCCACUUUAAUCUACACAAAAGAAAACAAAGAUGGUGGAACAAACAAGACAGCCGAGUCGUGUCGUCUCUCUCCAGGCUGGACCUGGCGAGGUGGACGCUGGCACCCUGUUUGACAUUAACCUCAGAAUCAAUGACAGGACUGCCCGUGCUUUUGCCCGCCAAUUGGCUGUAAUUGGAGACCAGCUGGACCGGGAGUGGACCAGCCGACAGCCAAACUGGCUACCAACUCCUCUACACAUGCUAAGACCUGCUCAGGCACUGACCAGGACCAUCUAUCGGGACAUCCACAGCCAGUUUUGGGGCUUCCAGGGUCUGUCUGCUGCAGUGAAGGCCUGGAUAGCGAGCACUGCGCCUGGGCAGGGCAUCCUCAGAGCUGAAGCGUGGACAGCCUGGGUGUCCAAUUUUAAAGUGAAAACCUGCACUGGCUGGACCAGAGGAGCCCUCGUGACUGUGGCUCUGGUGGCUGCAUUGACCCUCUUCGGUGCACUAUGGAAAGAAUGGAAAGCCUAAAAGGCCAUAAGCAGGUCUUUUUGGCCAAUAUACAUUUGACAAAAAAAAAGAAAAAAAAAAAAGUUUGCAAGCGAGUGACAAUUAUUGCUAACUGAUUUAUUUCUGCUGUUUACUUUGACUUCUCUUUUUAUACUAUUUUAAUGAGUGGUAUUGAAGCUGACACUGAAGACUGUGAACAAAUUAUUGGGCAAGUAAAAAAAUAUUCUUUAAAACUUA